AAAAAGUUUCUGUUAGAUCUUGUAAUAUGAUCACAUUUGAGUGUAAACUAAUUCAGAAUCACAGUUCAUCAAGACAGAGUGUCACAAUAAUGACCAUUUAAAAAAAGGAGGGUGACAAAUGACGUAGCCCUAUAUAAUGUUGGUUUCUAAUCGGUUCUUUUAAUUGAACGUAUGAUGUUCUGGACAUUUUUAAACAAUGUUUUUAGCGAAGCACUUCCGCAGUAUUUCCGUGACCCCGCACUGCUGUUUCUGAGAGGAGAAAGUUGGUUGGUCAGAGAGGAAAACACGUCGCUGUUCCGGAACAAGCUCCAGCAGCUCCCCGACAGCAUCUUCCAGUCCUCAGAGUCUGAGUAAAGGGUUACAGAGCAACACCAACAGGAUGGCUCAGUUUCAGGAAGUGAUGCGACAGCAGCUGGAGAGCUCUAUGUACGCCGAACUGGAAAAACUCGUGAGCACAGCCAAAGGCGCAGAAGCUGAGGUGUCUAAGAAGGACUUUGAAGGCUUUAGGAAGUUAUUCCACCGAUUUCUGCAGGUGAAGGGACCUUCAGUAGAGUGGUCAAAAAUCAACAGGCCCCCUGAGGACUCGAUCCAGCCAUAUGAUAAGAUCAAGGCAAAGGGUCUACCAGACAACAUAGCAGACAGUCUGAAUAAGCUGGUGGUUGUGAAGCUGAAUGGAGGUCUGGGAACCAGCAUGGGCUGCAAAGGGCCCAAGAGCCUUAUUAGCGUCCGUAACGAGAACACUUUCCUGGAUCUAACAGUCCAACAGAUUGAGCACUUGAAUAAAACAUAUAAUGCUGAUGUUCCACUGGUGCUUAUGAACUCUUUCAAUACGGAUGAAGACACUAAGAAGAUCCUACAAAAAUACAGGCACCACAGAGUCAAGAUACACACUUUCAACCAGAGCAGGUAUCCACGCAUAAAUAAGGAGUCAUUGUUGCCGGUCGCUAAGGACAUGGCUAUGACAGGAGAGAAUGCAGAUGUGUGGUAUCCUCCUGGUCAUGGUGACAUUUAUGCCAGCUUUUAUAACUCCGGUCUGUUGGAGCAGCUCAUCGCUGAAGGGAAGGAGUAUAUUUUUGUCUCCAACAUCGAUAACCUGGGUGCAACGGUAGACCUGUAUAUAUUGAACCACCUGGUGAGCCAGCCGAACGGCAAACGCUGUGAGUUCAUCAUGGAGGUCACAGACAAGACCAGAGCAGAUGUGAAGGGAGGUACGCUCAUUCAGUAUGAUGGUAAGCUUCGGUUAUUGGAAAUCGCCCAGGUUCCCAAAGCUCAUGUAGAUGAAUUCAAAUCAGUGACCAAGUUUAAGAUCUUCAACACCAACAACCUGUGGAUCUCCCUAUCUGCCAUAAAGAGACUACAGGAACAGAACGCCAUGGACAUGGAAAUCAUAGCCAACCCUAAGACUCUAGAUGGGGGUCUGAAUGUCAUUCAGCUGGAGACCGCAGUGGGUGCUGCCAUCAAGUGCUUUGAAAACGCCUUGGGCAUCAACGUGCCUCGCAGCCGCUUCCUGCCUGUCAAAACCACAUCUGACCUCCUACUGGUUAUGUCCAACCUGUACAGCCUGGAGGCAGGGUGUCUGACCAUGAGCGAGAGGCGCGAGUUUCCCUCAACUCCUCACGUCAAACUGGGCAGCUCCUUCACCAAGGUUCAGGAAUAUCUCACACGAUUCGAGAGCAUUCCAGACAUGCUAGAGUUGGAUCACUUGACAGUGUCUGGUGACGUCACCUUCGGAAAGCAUGUCUCUCUAAAGGGAACCGUCAUCAUCAUAGCCAACCAUGGAGACCGAAUCGACAUUCCGGCCGGCUCUAUGUUGGAAAAUAAAAUAGUGUCCGGAAACCUUCGGAUCCUGGACCACUGACGCCUUUGCGUCGUGUGACCUGGAUGCAGAAUCACAUGACCGACCAACACCUGUCACUGUCCUCAUCAUCAUAACCAACCACAGAGACACAAUCAACAUUCUGGCUAGUUCCAUGAGGGGAAAUAAAAGUGUCUGGGAACUUGCAGAUCCUAGAGCACCAACACCUCUGUGUCAUGUGACCUGGAUGCCUAAUCACAUGACCGACCCACACCUGCCACUCUCAGAGCCUCCAUCAGUGGUGCUGAUCUCAGCACACAGCGCCACAAACACCUUACAACUUCCACGCCAUUCCUGAGACAUUUAUUUUUGUAGUAGUUUGUGUAUUUUUUUGUUUUAGUUUUCUGUCCUUUAGUGGUCCUCAUAUUUUAUGUGUGUAACACAGAUCUCAUCAUUGUGUUUAGUUUUAGUUUUUUACUCUGAGAAUGCAGUAUUUCUCUCAUUGUAUCUAUGGCAUCACAAACUGACCCUUCGGGGACAGCAUCCUCUACUUGCUCGAAAAUGUGAAAGAAAGAGUGCAAAGCAAUAAGCAUUCUGCAACAGUGAAGGCUGACCGUUCUGUCUUUGUGUUCUAGAACCUGUUCUAGAUCCUAAACAUUCUGUGGAAAUGAAUAAAGUGCAAUAUGGAACAGA